CCCAUGAAGACUAAAAUUGAGGAGUUGAACUCCGCGCAUGGCGCUGGCACCCUCCAUGGUCUGAAGUGCACCUGUUCCUGCAGCCAUCAAAGGCGUUCCAAUCAAAUCGAGCCAUCCAAGAACAGUGGCAGCCUUCCCCGCAUUUCCAUUUUCAAGCUCGAAUCCCUUUUAUUAGAACAUUCCUCCACAUCAUCUUCCGUCUGGCAUUAUUCGUCAUCUGCAGCAUCUGCAAUCUGGUAUUGUCUGUUUGCCCGAUCAAAGCUUUCGACGUGAAUUCCCUCGUCCUCGGAGUUGAUCUCCAAGGUUGUUUCCUAGAAGAUCGGACUGAUUGCAUCAUCAACAACAACCGCGUCAGCUAGACUAGCCAUCAGCUAAGGACGGGCAUUUCAUCCCUUUUCGAAUAUCUCUUCUGGCUACGCUAUCUGCCUGGCUAUACUGUACGAGAUUUGUCUUGAAUUUUCGUUUAUUUUGCGUGUGACCUACCAGUUACACCAUGCGAUCGUCUCUCGCGCUGCUGGCAGCCGCUCUCCAGGCUACUGUCGGCGCGGCCUCGUCUUUGACUCCGCCCGUCCUGCCCUUGAUCGUGCGGAAUCCUUACCUCAGUACCUGGCUAGGAAAUGCACGCGACGUCCCAUGGUCCAAAUGGCCAAUAUUUUAUACCGGAGAAGAAUUGGGCUUGUCCUUAAUGGCCCAGAUCCCCAGCACAGGAAUAGUUUAUCCUCUGCUCGGAAAGCCACACGAGGCUUUAUCGGAGUCUACGGAAUACAAGUUUCCCACAUAUCUUGGAGCCAACUACGACGCAUCAACAACAAAUCUGACGUACACCAUUCACCCUCACUCGUCUACUCCGCUCAACAUUACGGUCUCAUUUCUAUCGCCCAUCACCCCUACAUCGACUCUGCGGCAGUCGAUCCCUGCAUCAUAUGUAACCAUAUACGUGGAUAGCGAUGAGACUGUGAAUGUCUACAUGGAUAUCAAUGGCCGAUGGGCUAGCGGGGACCCAGCCAGCCAGAUCACCUGGGGGUUUGACGUGGAACGAGCCUCUAAAAACAGCUCACCAACCCUCCAGAGAUGGAGUUUGCAGAGAGAAACUCAAGCCUUGCUCUCCGAGGUUAGAGAUCGAGCAGAAUGGGGCACAGUCUACUUCACGGGACCUGCCGACGUCCAAUAUCAAUCAGGAGCCGGUCCAACAGUGAGACGUACCUUCGCUGCGAGGGGAUCUUUAACGAAUGUCAAUGACGAUACCUUCCGUGCAAUUCGAGACCGAGAGCCCGUCUUCGCGUUCUCCAAAUCCUUCGUCCCUUCUAAAUCGACCCCAGUCUCCGAAAGUGUGACCUUCACUAUAGCCCUAAUUCAAGACCCGGUCGUCCAGUAUGCUGCAGCCCGCGGCUUGACCAUGAUGCGGCCGCUCUGGAGCUCGUGGUUCAGCAGUGUGGAGUCACUGCUCAGCUUCCACUAUCACGACUUCUCAAACGCGACUCUUCUUGCCGCAAAUUACUCCCUUCAACUGGCUGAUGAUGCUUACCAGUCGGGUGCUCAAGAUUACGUUGACAUUGUAGCUCUUACUGCUCGGCAAGUCAUGGGCGCGACAACGUUUUCGGGCACACCGGAGGAUCCUAUCCUGUUCUUGAAGGAAAUUUCCUCCAAUGGCAACUUCCAGACCAUCGAUGUCAUUUUCCCGUCGUUCCCCUUCUUCCUAUAUACCAACCCGCGCUGGCUGGCCUAUCUUCUCGAGCCACUGAUAGAGCACAUGCUCAGCGGACAGUAUCCGAACAAGUACGCUAUGCACGAUCUAGGGACUCAUUUCCCCAACGCCACGGGCCAUCCAGAUGGAAGAGACGAGUAUAUGCCAGUGGAAGAAUGUGGGAACAUUCUCAUAAUGGGGCUGGCGGUCGCUAACUCCAUGAUCUAUGACAAAGACUCGGAUGCAUCCUCCAUCUGGUCAACACAAGGAGAAGCUACCGCUUUGCCGGAUGAGAACGCUGGCUAUUUUCCUUUGAGCCACCUCCAAAGCCUCUCAGGGAUUGACCUGCAGGAUGGCAAAUGGGGUGGGGCGACUUCUGGUCGUGACUACGCCCAGCAAUGGGUCCAGCGCAGCUACAGACUUUGGACACAGUGGACUAGCUACUUGGUGGAAUUCUCGCUGGAACCAGAAAACCAACUCUCAACAGAUGACUUUGCUGGAUGGCUAGCGCUCCAGACCAACCUCGCCCUAAAAGGGAUUAUCGGUAUCCAUGCCAUGAGCAAGCUCGCCGAAAUUGCCGGAUACAAGGAGGAUGUCGCAUAUUACAAGAACAUCUCCAACACCUACAUCGCCAAAUGGGAGGAAUUCGCCAUGUCGCGCGACAACGCGCGGGCCAAACUUGCUUAUAAUUGGUAUGGUUCAUGGACAACAAUCUACAAUCUCUACGCCGACGCUCAGCUUUGCUUCCACCUGGAAGGUACCCACCUUGACACGUCGCUACCCUCUCUCCUUUCCCACAACGACGAGCACCAGCAGCAUCUCCGCCCCUCCAAGCCAGAUUCACACAGAACUGGCUUUGUACCUCACCACAUUUACUCCAAACAGUCAGAUUGGUACCAUAUAGCCCGCCAGAAGUAUGGGCUACCCCUCGAUUCUCGCCAUCUAUAUACCAAGACCGAUUGGGAGUUCUUCGCCGUCGCCGUCGCUUCCAAGCCCGUCCGUUCCGAGAUUCUCGAGUCUGUCGCCAAGUGGGUGAAUGAGACAUCGACAAACCUACCAUUGACGGAUCUCCAUAAUACGGAGGGUGAUGGCGGGUUCCCCGGGCCAAACUUCUACGCCAGACCUGUUAUCGGUGGGCAUUUUGCUUUCCUGGCGCUACAGAGGGCGUGCAACGGCAAUGCGAUGGAGGGACUGGCAUUUUUGGAUGACAGUGCUACAGGUGGUCAUGAGGACGAAAGAUAUGCUGGCCCUGAAGCCAAUGCUGUGCGAGAUGAUUUGUAGUCGAAUUUGAUGAUAAUGAUCUGACAAGUGCUUCAAAGUACGUCGUGGAUCUUGGCUAGGAUAACAGAUAUGUUCAAGUUGGCAAGGGCGAUUUAUGUCAUGCUUUGGAAUAGUGCUGUUAUCUGUUGUCAUCUCUGGAUCUAGACUAUUGAGGCACCUCAGUGCCACCUACUUACUCGUGCAUACUCAGAUUCUUGCUCUGAGUAGUCGGCCCACUCGCUCUGCUGUUCACCUGGUAUAUUAGAGACCUUUCGUGCCGUAAAAGAUACUGCUUCCCCAACGCAGGGAAACCCGGCCUCGCCAACAAAGCUGGUAAGAUUCCCAUCUUUGAAUUUGAGAGUACCAACAUUGGCCCUAGAGUAGAUCUGGCCCUCGUUUUCACGGCAUCUUAACCUCAGUUGAUACGUGUGAGACGGGGGUCUCCCGGCCUUGGCCGUCUUUGGCCCGCGAGCUUGCUGAGCGGUGGCCUUUCUCUUAGACCCUACCACGGGCCGUUUGUCCUCGCCAUCCUCCUCUUCGUCAUCAUCCCAUUCAUCCUCGUCCAUAUAGUCAUAAUGGUGCUCGUCCGCCUGAGAACAAUACCGUUCCACCAAGGUGCUGUCCUUCCCGAUGAUCAUGACGCCCUCCAAAAUCCCGAAAUCGAAACAGGCCUGGAAGACACCUGGCUCAUCUGUGUGGUGAAUAUCGAGAGACAAGUCGUCCGCCAGAUUCGGCCAGAUUCUUUCGAUUUCUGACAGUCAACAAUGAAGCUUCCUACAGCCCUUAUGCAUCUUCUCGCGCUGCUUCUGUCUCUCCUUCUCCUGCGCCCGAAGAUUCUUCUCCUCCGCCUCAACCUCCUUCUUCUCCGCAGCAGCAUGCCCUUCGGCAGCAGUCUUUACCGUAUCGCUGUCCCAGCCCAUAAAGAGAGUCUGCGUCUUCGGACCCCAACCAGUUUCAUGGUGCAAGCCCUCCGCUUUAGUAGCCGCCUCUCGCAUUAACCCUGCACGAUACUCACUCGAACGAGGAAACGACUGCUUAAUAACGGCAGUCGUCUUCGUGCGGUCCGGCUGGCGAUCUCCUAUCCUCACAAAAUAUGCAUCCAUCACCCAGUCCGGCUGGGCAGUGAUAUCUUUAGGCAUAGCCGUCUCGAACCACUCGCGGUGCAGCUGAUCCUGUAGCGCAAGAAUAUGUACAGGGACCGCAUCGCAUUUCCCGGCCUCGAGGGCCUUCUUUAAGAGUGUAGUUCCGUUCCCAGUGAACUCGCUUUCGUCAAAGGAUACCCCGUAGUGCUGCAACUGGCCGCGGAUAAAGUCACGAUGGUCUCUCAGUUGUUUCUGGGCUUCCCGUGUCAUUUUGGGUAUGAACAUCAUGCGUCGUAGAGGGGCGCCGUCCACUCGCUCGAUUCGACCCUGGUUGGUGAGGAAUCGGCCGAACUCGGAUGUGAACCCGUCGCGGGUGAUUGGGUCUCGAGACCAGGACAUGAUGGUGAGUAGGUGGUGCUCUAUUUCGUCAGGGAUAGUAAUAGCUGCGCACGAGUUUGUAGAAGUAGACUCAAAUGGUUGAUAACAUCAUACCUAGCUGGGUAAGUGGGUG